AUGCGACGAGCCACACUAAGUGAUAAAAGCUACAUGCUGCCUCAUGUCGUUUUAGAUCAGGCUUUGCCCCCAAACAAAUGCAGUUCAGGCUACUUGGCUUCCUGCCGGAUGGUUGCAGCUUUCCGUUUGCAGAGUGUUUUGGAUUUUGGAGUCGCAGGAGUGGGGACUCAUUUCAAGGGGGAGAGUAAGUACCUUCAGCCGUGGAGUGGAGAGGAGAGUAGGGCCCUGGGAAGGGCUAACAAAACAUCCAAGUCCAGGGCUGAGCAAGAAGAAGAAUUCAUCAGUAACACUUUAUUCAAGAAAAUUCAGGCUUUGCAGAAGGAGAAAGAAACCCUUGCUGUAAAUUAUGAGAAGGAAGAAGAGUUCCUCACUAAUGAGCUCUCCAGAAAGUUGAUGCAGUUGCAGCAUGAGAAAGCCGAACUAGAACAGCAUCUCGAACAAGAGCAGGAAUUCCAGGUCAACAAACUGAUGAAGAAAAUUAAAAAACUGGAGAAUGAUACCAUUUCGAAGCAGCUUACAUUAGAGCAGUUGAGACGAGAGAAGAUCGACCUUGAAAAUACUUUGGAACAAGAACAAGAAGCACUGGUUAAUCGUCUCUGGAAAAGGAUGGACAAACUUGAAGCUGAAAAGCGAAUCCUGCAGGAGAAAUUAGACCAGCCGGUCUCUGCGCCCCCGUCGCCUAGAGACAUCUCCAUGGAGAUAGACUCUCCAGAAAACAUGAUGCGCCACAUCAGGUUUUUAAAGAAUGAAGUGGAGAGGCUGAAGAAGCAGCUGAGAGCCGCUCAGUUACAGCAUUCCGAGAAGAUGGCGCAGUAUCUGGAGGAGGAGCGCCACAUGCGGGAAGAGAACUUACGGCUGCAGAGGAAGCUGCAGAGGGAGAUGGAGAGAAGGGAAGCCCUCUGUCGGCAGCUCUCUGAGAGCGAGUCCAGCCUGGAAAUGGAUGAUGAAAGGUAUUUUAAUGAGAUGUCUGCACAAGGAUUAAGACCUCGCACUGUGUCCAGCCCUAUCCCUUACACACCUUCUCCAAGUUCCAGCAGGCCUAUAUCACCCGGUCUAUCAUAUGCAAGUCACACAGUUGGCUUCACGCCACCAACUUCACUGACUAGAGCCGGAAUGUCUUACUACAAUUCCCCGGGUCUUCAUGUGCAGCACAUGGGAGCAUCCCAUGGCAUCACAAGGCCUUCACCACGGAGAAGCAACAGUCCUGACAAAUUCAAACGGCCUACGCCUCCUCCGUCUCCCAACACACAGACCCCAGUGCAGCCCCCUCCACCUCCACCUCCGCCGCCCAUGCAGCCCGCGGCCCCCUCGGCAGCCACCUCGCAACCCGCCCCUUCGCAACAUCCGGGGCACCCCUCCUCCCAGCCUUAA